AUGCAAAAUUACGAAGAACGUCGACGGAUUGAAAGGCAACAAAUUGAUGAAGAGUUGCGAAUCCUUAAAGAAAAACGUGAACAACGUCGCUUAGAACGUGAAAACGACGAACGAGAAUUCGCUGAACGAAAACGACAAGAAGACGAACGUCCUCAUGAUCUUUCAUUGUACGAUUUAGCGAGAUUGUCGCCAGGGCUAGUAGCAAACGAAAAGAAAGUGUAUUUGGCAGCAGUCAAUCGGCCUAUUGGUACUUCAAAUAUCACAAUAGUCCAACUUAAACAAGAAAUUAAGCAAGUACACGCAAGGCUGGCUAAACUAGAAGCCGAUAAAUAUGACUUAGAAAAGCGCAAUGAAGGCUUGGAUUACGACCUAAAAGAAUUGCGUGAAAAAGAACGACAUAUUGCUCGAAACAAGGCAAUACAAAAAGGCUUAAAUCCAGAUGAAUGCCUUUUAUCAAAUCGCCCUCCAAAAAUAAGAGUUGCAUCAAAAUAUGAUCGACAAACGGAUCAUCGUUCCUAUAACGACCGGCGAAUCAUCUAUGAAAAUCCAGUGCAUGAAAAGUCACCGAAACUUGCUCGUGGCACAGCUCGGCCACCGCCUGAAUGGGGUCGUCGAGAAAAUGAAGAAUUAGAGAAUAUUCGUAAGAAUUUGGGACCUCGAAAAUAUGUGGAGGAGGUUGCAGAUGAAUUAUCUCGACCCCCGGUUAAACCAAUACCACUAAUGAUUCCAGAAACAAAUUAA